UUCCUGCAGCUGUGUGAAAGCAUGUGUACCGCUCUUGAGCCGAACUGUUUAUGGUUUUCAGGUGUUUUCGUGCUGCCAGCCUUCGUUUAGGAGUUUGUUUGAACGCCAGACACAAGUCGUUUAAUCGCGACAUAAUGUGUAAAGAAUUGAAGACGAGAGUCCUGCGGAUUUCAUCUCAUUUCUCUGACGACCUGACGUUACAUCAGCCGGAGUGGACGGAGAUCCUGAGCUGUACAGUGAAUGCUUUGAAGGCGGGUCAGGUGGUGGCAGUGCCCACCGACACCAUCUACGGCCUGGCCUGUGUGGCGCAAAACUCUGAGGCCGUCAGGAGAGUCUACGACAUCAAGGGCAGGAAUGGAGACAAACCCCUCGCUAUCUGUGUCGGGGAAAUACACGACAUAUACAAGUACUGUAAAGUGUCUGUGAAGGACAGGCUGCUCAGAGAUCUGCUUCCUGGACCUGUUACACUUGUUCUAGAAAGAUCCGCCACACUGAAUGGAGAUCUCAAUCCUUUUACCAAGCUCAUAGGGGUUCGUAUUCCAGACCACCCAUUCAUGAGGCGUCUCUGUCAGAUGUGCGACACCCCACUUGCCCUCACCAGCGCUAAUGUCAGCACUCAAUCCAGCACCGUCGCUGCUAACGAGUUUGAGGAUUUGUGGCCUCGUCUGGCCGUUGUUGUGGACGGGGGCCCGAUUGAAGAUAAGAGCCGCUUGGGUUCAACAGUUGUGGAUCUGUCUGUGUGUGGCAGAUACAGAAUCAUCAGACCGGGAUGCGCCCUCUCUGCUACAGUUCAAAUACUUGAAGGCAGGUAUGGACUGCUGGAGGAUCCUGACCAUCGCUGAGCUCAACACAGAGACACGUCACACACACAGUGCACCACAGAGACGCUUAUAUAGAGUGAGUGUGUGUGUGCUUCUCAAUAGUGGAAAAUUGGGGUUUUGACUGUUUUCUACCCAUUUCCUUUUUACUUUGAGAAGGUGUUGGGUUUGGUGAUUCUGAUGUGAAUGUGAUUAUCUCAGUCUUUUGGAUACACACGUAUUUUCAACCGUUCAACAUUUCCAAUCAGUUACAGGUUUUGUUGUGGUAUAAGGUGAGAUAUUUCUUAAUGAGCGUGACCUCAAACCACUCAGAUGCCUUUGGGAAUUACACUGCGUAUUACAGGGAUAGCUGACUAAUGAAUAUUUACUCGUCCUCUAUUUGUUCCAAACCUGUUUAAGUUUUUCUUGUUGUACACAAUGGAAUUCUGGGAGAAAAAAAACAGCCUUUACUUGUAUAGUGUUUUCUGUUCCUACUAUGUAGGUCAAUUGCUGCUUUUCCCCCAACAUUCUUCAGAAUAUCUUCCUUUUGUGCUCAACAGACAAAAGAAAUUCAUGAAGGUUUUAGAAAAUGUUCGUUUUUGACUGAACAAUCCCUUUAGGUUGGGAAAAAGUGAUUGAGUCGAUUGCUUUAUAUUCAGGACUCUAAUAGCUUUGACUGAUUUUUUUUUGUCCAUCGGAUUUUAUUUAGAUCAGGGGUGUCCAAACUCUAUCCUGGAGGGCCAGUGUGCUGCAUAGUUUAGCUCCAACGUCCAACACACCCACCUGGAAGUUUUAGUAUACCUAAUAAGAUGUUGAUUAGCUGGUUCAGGUGUGUUUAAAUGGUGUUGAAACUAACAGCUGCAGGACACCGGCCCUCCAGGACUAGCUUUGGAGUAUAUUUAUUUAGUUUAAUGUGUCGAGGGGUCUAUUACUCUCUGGCAGAGCAACGUUUGUCUUUUCUUUAUAAAUGUAUAUAAAAAUGAA